AUGGAUUCGCCCAUUCCCCAAGUUCAAAAGGCGGCGUUGAUUGAGAACCCUGGAGAGAAUGCGCAAAUUCGUAUUCGGUCAGAUGUGCCGGUCGGAGUUCCCGGUCGCCACGAGAUUCUUGUCAAACUCUCUUUUACUGGUGUCUGUGGAUCCGAGAUUCGAGCCUUGUCUGGGUGGGGAUCCUACAAUCCUGUUGUAGGACAUGAGGGAGUGGGAACCGUCGUCAAGGUCGGCGACCAAGUUGACGCCGCCAUGAUGAAUAAAAGGGUGGGGAUUAAAUGGCUCUACAGCGCUUGCGGGCUUUGUAAUGCCUGCAAGAGAGGCUUCCCAAACAACUGUCCGAAGCAGGUCAACACGGGCCGUCAUGUCCCGGGAACAUUGCAGCAAUACAUGAUAGCCGAUGCCAGGUAUGUUACGGAAAUUCCCGACGACCUGCCUGGAGAAGUCGCGGCACCGCUUCUCUGUGCAGGUCUCACCAUGGCUGGGGCUAUAUCAAAGCUUGAUGCGUGCCUGGCCGAGAACGAUUGGGUGGUCAUAUCUGGCUCGGGGGGUGGACUCGGUCAUCUAGGUGUUCAGAUCGCGAGCAGAUUGAGAGGAUUCCGAGUCAUCGCAGUCGAUUCCGGCAAAGCCAAGCGCGAAUUGAGUCUCGAAAGCGGUGCUCACGAGUUUCUUGACUUUGUCGAAGAGAAUGUCGAGGAGAGAGUCAAGGAACUUACUGGAGAGGGAGCAGCAGCUGUCGUGGUGGUCUCGGGUUCAGAGCAAGCCUUUACCAUGGCUCCCAGUUUGGUGCGGAACCUGGGACUCAUCGUUACUGUUGGCCUCCCGCGGAACGACUUUCACGUUCCCAUCGGUGCAUCUCUACUGUCAGCUCGUGGACUUACCGUCACUGGUGUGGCGGUAGGGACGGAGGAUCAAAUGGUGGAGCUCCUUCAACACGCCUCUGCCAAAAAGAUCUUGCCAAAGGUUACUGUAGUUGGUUUUGAUCAGGUGGGGACAGUUUUGGAGGGUCUCAAGCGGCAGGAUAUAACUGGAAGAGUCGUAGUGAGAAUAUCCUAA